UCAAUACAAACAAUGUCACAAUACCCUCAAGGCUAUCCUGCACCAGGUCAAUAUAAUUACCCUCCACAACAAGGCUACCCACCUGCCCCUGCGCCAGGUCAAUAUGGUUACCCUCCACAACAAGGCUACCCACCCGCCCCCGCACCAGGACAGUACAACUAUCCACAGCAGCCUUACUAUCCCCAGCCACAGGCAUACGCACAGACGACAGGCUAUCCUCAACAGCAGGUCUAUCCCCCAACUCAGCAGUAUGUGCAGCCCACUGGAUACGCCCCUGCGCCCUACCCUCAGCCUGGCAUGCCAAUGAUGCCACCUGUAGCCGUUGCUGCACCCGUUGGCAUUGCACCCAUGGGUGUUGCUGUUGCCGCUGCACCAGUAGCCUUUGCCGUCUUCACACCAGGUUCAAUCGGUCACGAUCUCAAGAGAGACGCUGAGAAUCUCCGUCGCGCAAUGAAGGGAUUGGGAACUGAUGAAAGGACAUUGAUUGAGAUCCUUGGCAAUCGUAAUUGGGCAGAGCGUCAAGCUAUUAUUAUGGAAUACUCUCGCCACAUUGGAAGAGAUCUGAUCAAGGAUAUCAAGUCAGAGACUUCGUUCAAUUUCAAAAAGUGUCUAGUCGACAUGCUCACCGACCCCUGUGAGUACGAUGCAGACAACCUCUACAAGUCCAUGAAGGGACUGGGCACCAACGAGCAUACAUUGACAGAGAUCCUGGUGUCGAGAAGCAAUGCUCAGAAGGCCAGAAUCUUCCAGAUCUUCAACUCUGAGCACAACAGGAGCAUCAAGCAUUGGAUCGAGUCGGAUACGUCCGGACAUUACAAGCAUCUCCUGCUCAACCUCUUGGACCCACGCGAUGAGUCCAACAUUGUCGACCCUAACCUCGUGAUGAGGGACGUGGACACGCUCUACUACGCUGGCGAGGGUCGUUUGGGAACGGACGAGCAUGCCUUCAUCAAGAUCUUUGCUCAACGCAACUUUAUGCACAUCAGGGAGAUUGCUCGCAUCUACCCAACGAUGCACAGGCGCCACACACUUCAGAAGGCCAUUGACAGCGAGUUCUCCUUUGAGAUCCGUGGCGGACUCCAAGCCAUCGUCUCUUACGCAUUGGAUUCGUUCUCAUUCUUUGCGUCGAUCCUGCACGUGGCCAUGGCAGGACUUGGCACCAACGACGACAAGUUGAUUCGCAACAUUAUCUACUGUCAGCCAUUCAUGCCCCAUGUCAAGAGAGCCUACCUUGCCAACUAUGGACAGUCUCUGAGCCAUGCCAUCUCGCACGAUUGUUCAGGUGACUACAAGAAGUUAUUGCUUGAGGUAGUUGGU